AGGAUAUUGUCGGAAUGAUCGUGACCGGCCUUGGUGGUUACAUUAUCAUCAGCCUCGUCAUCUUCACCCCGUGAUCUUAAACCCCGCUCCAAGUGUGAUAUUAUUUGUCACUCUGCCACCUCCCACUUUGACAACUCUCACAGAUACAAGUUAUUAAAGUCAGUAUUCGUUGUUCAGUAUUACAUUUUAGCGAUAGGUCUCUUAAACUUAGGUAGACGCUUUGAUUUUUGGACCGUAUAGAGUCGUCCAUAUCGUUAGUGGUACAAACUUUGACUUCGCACCGCGUUCUUUAUCUCACGGCUCAGAUGGCAGACGCUUCACAAGAGACCCAAGAUCAUCAAUGGACGGCGCAAAGCAGCAACCAGGAACUUGACAGCCUAAAACUUCUCGAGGCUCCAGCAAUUUCGGGUGAUCUUGACGCCUGUAAUCAGCAUAAUGCAGUCGCCCCUUUCACGGAAUGGAUGAGCGAGUGCGAAACUUGCCAAAAUAUUUGGCGUUGUUUUUCACAGCCAAAUUUGGCAAAUCCGGUCAAUCUGGGCUAUAUUACGGAGGCGCUCGCCACACAGUGCCGUACACAUAAACCCUUAGUACAAUCUUUCGUUGACCAUGUGCGCUCAUGUGAAGAUCCCUGGAGUUUAUCAAAGCAAAAACAAGGUGACCUUGGCAUUCUCCGUAGAAAGUUAAAAAGCAGCGUCGAGAUUACAGAGUCGAUCUCAAAGGGGGGGUUUUUCUGGAGUCUGUUGCUAGUGAGGAAGGAGUCUGUACCGCACCAUCCUGGUAUUGGUCGCAUUCUAAACCCUGAUUGGGUUGAUUUAGAAAUGCUGAAUCGGUGGAAAAAGCAGUGUCUUUCAACACAUGGUGCGGAAUGCGGAAAUCCGUGGAAAAUUUGGCCGAAAAGGCCCGCUUUUUUGAUCGACGUGAAGACCAAAUGCCUUGUCGCGGGUUGUGUCUCUGACGCUUUCGUGGCACUCAGUUACAGGUAUGGUAGAUCGCCUGUUCCUAUAAUCGACGCCGUGGUGCUUGAAAGGCUACAGGAGCCGUAUGCUCUUGAUGCCCUGGAGUUUGAAGAAUUUUUGUCGCCAGUAAUCCGACAUGCCAUGUUUUUGACCUCGGUCAUAAGCGAGCGGUAUCUCUGGGCAGAUGCACUCUGUAUCCCUCACGCAAACGAGGAAGUCAGAGCUGAGGAAUUGAACAUGAUGGGUGCUAUCUACAGCAACGCAGUCGUCACAAUUAUUGCUGCAGAUGGCGACGCACAAGAUGGGCUUCGUGGUCUGGAAGGUGUUUCUCAAUCCAGAGACAUAGACCAGAGCAUUAUUCCCUUCGGGGAUGAGCAACUGGUUGUGCGGAAUACAAUAUCUAACGAUUUUUGGAUUGGGGACGAUUAUCAUGGCCGAGGUUGGACAUUUCAGGAACGCGUUAUGUCAAAAAGAAAGAUAAUAUUCAAGAAAAAAGAGCUGCACUGGCAAUGUAAGUGCGGUGUUUGGCACGAAGAGAUGCUCCCCGAUGUGGAAAAGGAUGAUUACAUCGAGUCGCGCGAGGGUGUUAUGAUGGCUGGCUUUCCCGACUUGUCUUCUCUGAGCAGCAACCCCUCAGAAUUCAAUGACACCGAACUUCGGUACGACGAGGAUGCUCUACCCGCCAUCUCUGGGUUACUGUCAGUCCUGAGUCGUACAUUCACUGGCGGAUUCUUGUACGGCAUCCCUGAAAUGUUUUUUGAACGAGGAUUAAGCUGGAGUCCCUUCUGGAACCAGACGAACAUCCGACGACGUAAGUUUUCGGAAAAUUUUGGAAAGAACCGUCCGUCUCAGGCAGGCUUACCAUCUUGGUCUUGGGUCGGCUGGCACGGUUUUAUUGACAUCAUCUUGUCCGGCGAGGCGGCUCCAGUCAAUGACAGAUGCAAUAGAAUCGAAGAAACAAUCCCGAUCACCGAGUGGUACACGAGCAAUUCUUCCAGCGACUUGCCGGAAAAUAGAAGGAGAAUCAGGUCCACGUGGUUUGAAAAUCGCGAUAAGUACAAGGAUUUUGCGAAGCCAUUACCUUCAGGCUGGUCUUGCCACGACGCCCCCGAUACAGGAUCGUUCCGGGGAGAGCCUCACUUGUACCCAGAUGGGUGUGGGAAAUAUGUUUUCAAACAUGUGAACAUGCCCGAUUCUGACAUGGGAUCGUGGUACUAUCCAUUCCCGGUCUCCGACAUCCGUGACUCGACGCCGCCAUUCACGCCUGAACAGACAUCCUAUUUGUUUUGCAAGACUUGGAGGGUGCGCCUCUGGGGACGACAGGCUAGCAAAGAUAACAUUGCCAGAAUUUUUAAUAGCUCAGGGGAAGACAUUGGCUCUCUGCAAUUACACAACGAAGCUGACCUAUCUCUCUUCCCGAAUAUAGAUUCCGAGGAAAUUCACGGGUUGCCCGUGGACCUAAUAGCUCUGUACAAGUCACGAGUAUAUUCGAAGACGUGGUAUGCAGUCAAAGAGAUAUAUGACCACCCAUUACGAAGAGAAGACGAAUAUAAAGUAUUAUGGGUGGAAUGGAAGGAUGGUGUUGCGUAUCGUCUUGCUAGCGGGGAGGUGAAGGCAGAAGAAUGGGAAAAGUUAAAUCCGGAGAAGAUCGACCUAAUUCUAGGUUAGGGAGUAAAAAAAUAUGGUCGACUCGAACUUGGGAAGAGAUUGAUAGAGAAGUGUGCUUUCAUCGCUUGUCCUUCUUCUUUCGGUCUUGCUUAUUCUUCUAUUGAUUCAAACGAUCUAUACUUUCUUUAAUAGUAGAGAUUACUAUUUUCCCAAAUGCCUUCUUAUCAUUAACUAUAUACUUUUCUCAUUCGAGGCCCCUUUCUAAAACAACUAUAAUCAUAAUCAAAAUCCCAUCAAAAUAUAUCUAUUCGAAUAACAAU